AUGGUGGCCGUGGAGGUCUUCUCCAUCCCGACCUCCAGCACCGGGCUCCUCGGCUGCAUCUUCGGGCCCAAGAAGAAAGCCGAGGGUAGAACCUCCCGCAGGUGGAGGGAGAAAGAGGCAGACCCCUGCAGGGCUGUGGCCAUGAGGCUUAGUCUUCUGUGGACCAGCCUAUUCUCCCAGAUCUGUGGUGUCCAGUGCAGAAUGGUCAACCGCCCCUGCACCUUGGAGACAAAUAAUUCUAGAGGCUACUACCAGGAUGGAGAUGUGGUGAUCGGAGGACUCCUCUCUCUUGAUUUGAUUCAGUGUCAUUUAGAUUUCCUCAAUAACUUCAUGGAACAGCCGCUUUUCUUUCCUGAGCACACAGAAUACUUCACCAAACAUUACCAGCAUCUCCUGGCCCUGGUGUUUGCUGUGGAAGAGAUCAACAAGGACCCCAGUCUGUUACCCAAUAUUUCCCUGGGCUUCCACCUCUUCAACGUCCACUUCCUGGAGAUGAUCAGGGCUGAGAAUUCCAUGACUCUACUCUCGGGAAGAACUGUGAUGGUUCCCAACUACAGCUGUGAGCAGGAGUGGGGGGACAAACUGCUGGCUGUCAUAGGAGGGAUGUCACCAGGUGUAUCCAGGAUUAUAUCCUGGGUGCUGGGCCUCUAUAAACUCCCCCAGAUCUGCUAUGGCCAUGAUGACCCCAUUCUCAGAGAUAAGGCCCAGUUCCCAUCUGUCUAUCAGAUCUCUGAGCAUUCCCCAGAUCUGCCCUCAGGGAUGAUACGUCUCAUGAAACAUUUUCACUGGUUCUGGGUCGGCCUCCUGGUCACGAAUGACAUUCGUGGGGAGAUGUUCGCUACUGUCCUAACAGAGGAGAUGGCCAACAAUGGCAUCUGUGUGACUUAUAUGAAAAAAUUCCUGAAUGCUUUACCAAAAAUAUAUACAGCUUUGACUUCCACUACAAACAAAUUAUUACAUCGUCAGCAAAUAAUGCUCGGAUCCACACUGGUGCAGGUGAGCAGGUCCAUUUGGAUGACCGCAUCUGGGCGACCAGUACCUUUUGACAUCCUGAACUAUCAGAUUUUACAGAACGGCACCAAAGUCUACAACAAAGUAAAGAAAGAUGGGGAGCAGGAGGAAGAGAAGGAAGAGGAGGAAGAGGAGGAUAGGGGGAAAAACUGCAUCCCACGACAAACGAUAUCCCGAGCCUUCUUCUUUGCGGUCAUUUCUGCCGUGUUGGCCGCAACUGUUACCGUGGUCAUGGCUUUCGGGGCCACUGGGCCAGGGAGCAGAAUGAGGCCGUGGUUGGGUCCCAAGACCCUCGACUCCGUGUGUAGUGAGAGCUGCCGGCCGGGGUUCAGGAAAACAGCUAGGGAAGGGAAAGCCUCCUGUUGCUAUGACUGCGUGCCCUGUGCCAAGAGAAAGAUGAGCAAUCAGACCGGUAGAUAUGGAUCUGAAUGGAUCAUCAAGUGCCCCCAAGAUGAAUUUCCAAAUCCUCAAAGAGAUCAGUGUAUCCCAAAAGCUGUGGUCUUCCUUUCCUACGAGGAACCUUUGGGAAUGGUUCUGGUGUCCUUAGCCCUCUGUUUCUCUCUGCUCACCGCUCUGGUUUUGGGAGUCUUUAUCCAUCAUCGAGAUACCCCCAUAGUGAAAGCUAACAACCGCAGUCUCAAUUACACCCUCCUCAUGGCCCUCCUGCUCUGCUUCCUGUCCUCCUUGACCUUCAUUGGCCAACCCAGCCAAUCCACCUGCAUCCUGCGACAGAUGGCCUUCGGAGUCAUCUUCUCUGUUGCCAUUUCUGCCGUGUUGGCCAAGACGGUCACCGUGGUCCUGGCUUUCAGGGCCAUCGGGCCGGGAAGCAGAAUGAGGACUUGGCUGGGACCCAGGGCGCCUUCCUCCAUCGUCUGCAUCUGCUCCCUCGUCCAAGUCGUCAUCUGUAUGGUCUGGCUGGGGACCUCCCCGCCGUUCCCCGCUGCAGAUCUGGCGUCCGAGGCCGGGGUCAUCGUCAUCCAGUGCAACGAGGGCUCCUCCACCGCCUUCUAUUGCGUCCUGGGCUACAUGGGGCUCCUAGCCCUGGUCAGCCUCACAGUGGCCUUUCUGGCCCGGAAGCUGCCGGACAGUUUCAAUGAGGCCAAGUUCAUCACGUUCAGCAUGCUGGUGUACUGCAGUGUCUGGGUCUCCUUCCUGCCCACCUACCUGAGCACCAAGGGCAAAGCCAUGGUGGCCGUGGAGGUCUUCUCCAUCCUGACCUCCAGCACCGGACUCAUUGGCUGCAUCUUUGGCCCCAAGGUCUACGUGAUCAUGCUGAGGCCAGACAGGAACACCAAACGGCAGCUACUGGGGAGACAGGAGAAUCAUUAA